CGUUUGGCUUUCAUCGGACUAGUCUCCCGGUUUCUAUCUUGGUGCCUUAGUUACUACUUCCACGAUACUAAUUAGCCUUUAACUGGAUUCCUGCAAAUAUGGCAAAGUUUGAAUCUUUCUCACAUUUCUUGCAAAGAAUUGCCCUCUUAGAGCAGCAGCAACCACACCAAACUGAUUCCCCCCAGGCGUUUGGAGAGUCAAGACUGGAUCUUGAACGCCACGCUUUCUGCCACCAUUCCGAGUGGCCGUCUCCCUUUUCAUCACACAAAGUUCUUUAUGUGGUCAUCGCGUGCCUGGGCACCUUCGGCCCACUGGCCGCAAUAGGUUUCCAAGAGCGCGGGGAGACGGGAGCGGCGAGUCCUCCCCUACAAGCCCUUCAGCCGGCGUCGUCAGGCCAAGUGGAAAAACGCACUGACGUGACCCAAAAGCCGACAAGUCCGCACCUCCUCCUCCCCGGGGUCCCUUUGCUCCGGCAAACUCAAUCUCGCCCAGAGCAACGGACCGGAGCGGGAGUCGGAAACGACGUCGCUGCCUCGGCGGAGACGGAGAGCCCGCGGCCGCGAGGAAAUGCCGGAAGGCGUCCGAGACCCGCUCAGAUGACAUCUCUUCUAAUGCAAUGAUCCAGCAGUCACAGAAUGAAUUUGACAGCAGUGUGGAGAAAGCGGAAGAUUGGAUGAAGACCAUCCAGGAGAGACUGCGGAUCAAUGACGAUACUAAAGGGCCUCGAUCUGCCUUGGAGGCCAGACUCAGGGACACAGAGAAAAUCUGUGCAUUGGAACCUGAAGGCCGGUUGAAAAUGGAUCUGGUCCUAAUGAAGGCUGAUGCUCUACUUCAGUGUAUCAGUGAGGAACAAAAGCAUGAAAUAUUAUCCAGGCUAAAGGAUGUUAAAGCCAUGUGGGAAGAAACAGCCAUAUACAUUACUCAUUGUCACAGCCGCAUUGAAUGGGUGUGGUUGCAUUGGAGUGAAUACUUGAAGGCCCAAGAUGAAUUUUACACCUGGCUUCAUAAUACGAAGGUGACCUUGGAACCUGACAUAGAGUUGCAGCUUGGCUUAAAGGAGAAGCAGUGGCAGCUUAGCCAUGCUGAGGUCCUACUGAAAGAUGUUCAGAAUCGGUCAUCUUUGUUGGAUCGGCUGCUAGAGGAAGCCCUAUCUCUGUAUAAUCGGAUUGGAGAUGCAAGUGUUGAUGAAGAUGCCAGGGAAAAGAUGAAGGAGGAAUAUGAAGAUAUCAAGAACAAAGCAGAGAGAAGAGUGAUGUUACUUGAAAAGAUAACAACAGAGCAUAAGCGAUAUAAGACCAAUGUGGACCAGUUUCAGUUAUGGCUGACUCAGCUAACAGAAAGAUUAAACUGCUGCCUCAAUCAAGAAUCAAAGCUGCCAGCAGAAAAUAGAAUUAAAGCAUUACAGGACAUUACAAAUGAUGUAAGGAGUGGAGAAAAGAAAUUCAAACAUCUGGAAGCACAGUCUGUAGAUGUGAUGCAAAACACCUCUCCCCUGGGGGCAGAAAAGAUGAAGGCUGAGCUUGAGGAGCUAAAAAAACUCCUGGAGAAUAUAAAGCUAGUGAGUGUGGAGGAAGAGGAGAAACUGCUGAAGAUCCUUCAGUCUGAAAACACCUACCACAGCCAGGCCAGGCUGCUAGAAGCUGAUGUUCAAGAAUUCCGUAAAAGGCUGCAAAGACUAGGAAACCACUUUGAAAAGGAUGAUGUUGUAAGAAGCGAUGAAGAUUUAAUUUCUUUAUGGAGAGAGUACAUGGCAACAAAAGCAAACCUUACAACAGAAGAACCAAAGGCUGAGAAACUGAAGAUUCAACUGAAGGAGUUGUUCAAAUUUUCACAGGACUUGCAGCCUCUUUCUGAGAGUGUGAUCCAUGCCAUACGAGAACAUCAAAGUCUGAAGGGGAAAAUGUUUAAAUUGAGCACAGAGAUUGAAACAGAGUUGAGGCAACGCUUCCAAAAUCCACUGAGGGAGUUUCAGCUGUGGAAACCAUCAGCUCAGCGACUCCUGGACACCACAGCCCAUGUUUCUGAUCCUGCACUGACAGAUGCAUUCUUGCGUCAGAUUGAGAUCUUUCUGGUUGAAAGCUCCCAUCUUAAGGAACAACUCCUGAAAGUCCAGAUGAAAAAUGAUUUCCUGGGUAAUAUUUUCAAAGAGGAGAGAGCAAAGUUACUCUUGGAGGAGGUUGGUGAUGCUACAAAGGAAUUAGAAAACCUGCACAAAGGGCUACUCCAGAGGAAAAGCAGGUUACAGGCUUUGGUAUCACAGCAUAAAGACUUUGAUGCAUCCUUCAAGCUUCUGCAAACACAGUUAUCUGCUCUCAGAGUCAAGCUAAGUGCAGAAAAAGAACUGCUGCCAGAUCUUGUGGGCAAAGAAGCCCGGUUGCAGAGGCUAGAGAGCGUCCAAGGACACCUGGAUGAAUGUGCAGUCCAAAUGGAAGAAAUAGAGAAACUUGUUCAGUCAGACCCAGCACAGAUGCAUAAAAUAAAACAGUGUUUUUCUGACUAUCACAUACUUAAGAGAUCAUUGGAGAUCAUGAUUGCACAAAAUAAGCAACAUAUUCAGAAACACUGGGCUUUUAAUGACAAAUUAUCAGAUCUCCAACAGUGGCUUACCAUGACCAAACAGAAACUGGAAUAUUACUGUGAUGCUACAACUCACAAUGCAAUUUUGGACUUGGAGAGAUUGCAAACUGAGUUUCCAGGUAGAGAGAUCCAGUUACAUCUCAUUGAAGCCCAUGGGCAUUUGGUUAUAAAAGACACUUCUGCAGAGGGAGCUGUGACUAUCCAGGCUGAAGUAAAGAAGUUGAAGGACUCAUUCAAGUUUCUUGAAAACCUGAUGUCACAGACAGCAGUUGAUGUGAGUAAGAAGAUAGCUUGUAUAGACAGCAGGCGAAUGGAAAAGGUGGCUGUUUCUGAGCACUUACGGAGGAAAAUGGCUAAGGGGGAAGAUACCAAUGAACUCCAACUUAUUAAGAACUUUGAACAAUGGUUGCAAAGAGAAAACAACAAACUAUCCAAAAUUCUUGCCUUGAAUCCAUCAAACAGUGAAGAGGUCAAGGCAAGAUAUAGCAAGCUAAAGGAGCUUCAGCUUAGAGUCCCUGAAGGUCAAUAUCAUUUUGAAGAACUUCUUCAUCUUCAACCAGCUGGCCAGAACUGGGAUGAACUAGAGGAGUUGCGUUACCAAUGGAUGCUCUACAAGUCCAAACUGAAGGACUCCAAUAACACAUUGAUGACAAGCUAUUUCAAAGAACCAAACCUAUUCAGAAAGGGUCAACCGGCAAGUGCAUGUUCCUUCCUACGUCGUGUGUGCUGUGCAGCUUUACCCCUCCAGUUGCUGCUGUUGCUUCUGCUACUCCUUGCCUUUCUGCUCCCUCUAGCAGAGGAGACCCACAGCUGCAAGCUUACCAACAACUUUGCACACUCCUUCAACUUAAUGCUGAGACAUGAUCGCCCACCGCCAAUUUAAGUUCUCCUCACCUGCAGUGCAGCUAAGUUGACAGAUUGCAUUUUCCCACUGGUUUUCCCCUGCAGAUCUUUAUCUUGUAUAACUCCUUCCAGAAUCAUGGCAACUGUUAAGGAGUCCAUUUAAACUGGAAAUUUGGUUAAAUGACCGCCAUUAUCCAAUUAUGCUCAGGCUGGAGAAAUGAAGUAUUCAUAUUUAGAGCUAAAACAUGUUUUUUAAAAUAUAUGGCUAUAUUUAUAUUGUAUAUAUGAAAAAUAUCCUGACAACAGUAUUUUCAACAAAUCCUGCUCUUUAUUUGAGUAUGUCUUUGUUGAAAAAUAGUCUGUGCUAAGCACAAAAAUAAAAAGAAUAAUAUAAGAAGGUAUGAAAAAUAGCUUACCACCCAAAGGUAGCAGCAGCCAUGUAUCGUUCUCCUUCCUGUGUUUUUACAUACAUCAUGCUUUGUUUACCGAUUGAAAAAAGGUAAUUGAUUAAUUUAGCCAGUUAAUUCCUUAUUGAAUCUAUAUAAUAUGCAUAAUCCAGAUGUGGAUUUUCUACCCAACUCUUCCCAUUGAUCACCAAGGCUAUUGCUAAUAGGAUAUUCAUCUGACAAAAUACAGAUGUAUUCGAAGCCCUGUAUGCAAAGAUGCAUGCAUAAGCUGGAAAAGGCCUUAACUUAUAUCCUGGGAAGGGAAUGAGGGAUGCCUCUUUUAAUAUGCCACUUGCCCUCUGCAGAUUUUAUGUGUGCCUGUAUGAGAAACAGUAUAUUUUUUUAAAUUCUCCUGUCCAGAUAAUUGUAAUUGAUUAUUGUUAAAGGGAAGGCCAUAACUCAGUGAGAAAUAACAUUUUGUGUGCAAAGGAUUCCAGUUGCUAUCUAUAGCAUUGAAGUUUGGGUUUGUUUGAAUCUCUGGAGAUUUGCUACAGAAAACAUUGCACUAAAUGGUCCAGUGGUCUGAAUAAAUAUGUUGCUGCUUCCUAUUUCCCCAUAUUCAUUGGUUAAUGUCACCCCACUGACCAUGUGUCUUUCAUUGUGGCAGUUGCCAAUAUCCUCAUCUCACAUCUUUUUAUGUGUACACCUUACUAGCAGAAAGGGGAAACCACCAUGGAGUUGCCCUUUGGAUCCCAACCAUGAUGGAUUUUUUAAUCACAUCUCAUUAUACUUAAUGCUGAAAUAGAGUGAAAACAACAAAAUUAACAAGGCAUUCCUUGUUAAAUUCCCUUGUUAAUUUUAUAUGAUAACAAAAAUGCAGAAGCAAAUGGCAUGCAGUCAUAAAAAUAAAAAUAAAUUUUAAAAAUCAGGCUGGUUCUUUGGACCAGCCAUUCUCUCUCAGCCCAACCAACCCUGGUCAUAUUCCCCAAGAACAAGUAUUAGAUGACAUAAAACCUCUGAUCUUCAGGGUGGCAUAUAGUCAGCAUAAUUAGUAGUUAUGAAAAUCUUAAUUUGUCCCAUCAGUUUAUCUGAUCCCUUUUCUACAAGCUGUAAGUGAUGAGACUUAGAUUCAUGUCAGUGAAACAGUUUACACUGCAGAGGCAAUAUGAUUAAUUCCACCAAAGCUGAAGUGAAUCAUGACCCGGAUUGCCUCAACAAAACCAUUUGGGUGGCCUCCUACCACAUAGGCCAGUUUGCAGGAGAAGAUUCUUCCCAAUUUUUUUCUCAACAGGACAGUUCCCAAGAUAGGCAGUUCUGGGAUUACCCACAUUGUACCUCAGAGCUUCCUGGCUUAGAAGACCUCAAUGUUGGGGUUUUGGAAAAUAGUUUGCAUAAGACAAGCACCAUGUUCUCAGGAUCAUUUGUCUUUUCCUUUGGGAAAUGUUGCAGAGGAGAUCAUCAGUUACCUCCUUGAAACUACAUGCACGAAAUAUCUGGCCAACUAUCAAAUGAUCACACUUGAAUGGGCUCCAGAUUGACUGCUUUGGAUGCACACUACAAUCAAUCACAGCAUUCAUUGAAACUGCCAUACUAAGAAGCCCUUGAGCAGUAUGAUGGGAGAAAGCUCCUUUCAGUCUUCCUCUGUAGCACUAUCACAAGGAACUCCUCUCAGCCUUCUACCACAGAUAAAACUCUGUAGGAGAUCGCUGAAAGGUGGUACACAGUAUGGUGAGAUGAACCAACAUGGUUGCUUCACUCUUAGAACCAUUAGGGCCAUAUUGCUUUCCAAAGGUACUUUAUGAAAAUCUCUAUUAAAGUUACAUAGCUCUACUUUCUCCAUUUUGUGGAAAGAAAUGCCAACAUAACUACACACUGCAUGAAAAAGGAUUUAUUUUUGUUUAUUCUCAAUUUCAUACUAUUCAGCUAGAUUGGAUGACUUGGAAUUCUCCUAAAUAGUAAACAGGCAUUGAGAAUAUAUAUCUGAUUGUUCCCCACAGCAUAGUUAAAUCAGAGAUGGCAAACUGUAGUUUGGAUAGAAUCAUAUAAUGUGUUUUUAAAUAUUCUGUGUGUGUACUUUAGCUGGGUUCACACAUCAUGCUAAAUCAUAGUGUGGUUUUCUUUGGUUUUUAGUUUACCAUGUAAAUCAUGGUUUGUGGCUUAGCACAAUUUGGUUUCUUCAGACAGCAUUGUUAAAAAAUGAAAUAGCUGUGAUUCACUGCACUGUAUAAACCCGGUCAGUUUCUAUAAAUAAAAUCAGCCUUCUAUUCCAAGUAAAUAACCCAGUAGAAGACCUAUUCACUGCCUUCUUAAAUCUUACAAAAUAUUAAAUAUGUUUGAACAUAGUAUGGAUAGCACAGCUGGAACCCUGAGCCAUAUUCUGAAUCUGCAAAGACACUCCAAUGUAUCCAGGAGAUACAGGAAGACAUGAAAAGGAGAGCAAGUGGACAGAAUAGAGAAGAGGAACAAUGUGGAAGGCAAAUUGGCCAGCACAAAAUAAAAGUAUAGUCCUGAGAUGCUCUCAUAAAAUAAUUCUGUUAGUUCAAAACAGGGCUGCUGGCUUUCCAACAAUUCAGUGGACCUCUCCCUUCCCCAGUAACAUGACAGACAUGUAGAGGUUAUUUUUUUAUCUCAAAUACAUGAAAAGCUUCAUCUGCAAUUUCUACACUUCAGGUAGAGGAGUACAAGAGAAGGUAGGGCUGAUUUUAUUUAUUUAUGUCCCAUUUUUAUUUUUAUAAAUAACCCAAGUUGAACAUUCUUCCUCUUCCUUCUUCCUUCUUCCUCCUAUUUUCCCCCACAACAACCACCCUGUGAGGUGAGUUGGGGUAAGAGAAUGUGACUGGCACGAUGUCAACCAGUUGGCUUUCAUGCCUAAGGUGAGACUAAAACAAAUGGCUUUCUGGUUUCUAGUCUGAUGCUUUAAUCACUGCCAUUUUUUUUCAGUUGUAGGCAAGACUCUGUUUUCAGGGUCAUUAUAGGGUAGGUUGUAUCAGUCUACAGAUUGAUGUAUUUGGCAGGAUGCAGAAUUACACCUGCAAAACAAUGUUAGUAGCAGAUUAGCUUUCUAAUGGAAUCCUCCAAGAAAAAAAUCCUUUUGCAGCUUGAGUUGGUCCCCCAAGCCCCCCCCCAGCAUGAAAAAAUGCCUUGUGUACAAUUGUACAACAGAUCCAAAGUCUCCAUCUUGUCUCUGUAAGUCUCCUAGAGUCCAGAAAGCAAUAAUAUGACUUCCCCCUCAACUACAGCUAACAGGCAGAUCACAUGAGAUAUUGUUCUAAGGAAGCAGCUGAUAAAAUGUAGGAGAAUUUUGUUCAGCUGACUUCAACCCUAAUUCAAGGAAGAAGAUAAUUUACCUUUCAGUAAUUCCCUAGAUAACACUUAGCUAUUGCAAUGAAUGUUUUGCUUAAUGUAUUAUGUGGUUUACAAACCAUGCUUUCUGGUUUAGUAUGUUGGCCAAAGCUAUUUAUGUUUUAUUCAGUAUACCACAACUGUAGCUUAGUACAACGGUCCCCAACCCCUGGUCCGUGGUCCGGUAUGGGGCCACGGCAUGCCAGCAACUGAUCUGUAGAAACAAGCAAAGCCCCAUCUGUGGGAUGCAGGCAAUACACAAAACCAAGCACCCUCCAGUCCAUGGAAAGACCUCUCUCCACGGAACCGGUCCCUGGUGCUGAAAAAGGUUGAGGACCUCUGGCUUAGUAUAUGUGAGAACCCAACUGAAGUUCCACACACAUCUAUUGGUAAGGUUUUCUGCAAAGGAAAGUCCCUUAUAUUCCUAUUAGAAGGAUGUAUGGUCUUCUAUGAAAAAUAAUGAUUGCAUUCUGUGAAUAUGUGCCAUCAAAAGCCAUCUAGGGAGGGGGGGGAAAGUCUUAUGUGACUCUCCCUCCAGUCUGUACAAAGCUUGUGUUUUCAAGAAAACUCACUGUAUGCAUUGUUAACAAGAACAACAAACAAGACCAGCUGCAGCACAUUCAGUCUGAAGGCUUAGAGUCUAAAGCAAAAGGGGUAUUACUAGUUCAAUGGCAAUUCCAAUCUUUUACCUUAAAUACAGAAAUAAGUAUUGAAAUUAAGAGUUAGCUGAAAAACAGGAAUUGGCCACUCUUCAGUGCACACUAAUUUAUAAUAUGUCUUAGAGCCUGUUAUUCUUUGGAUUGAUUAUUAUUAUUAGAGGUAAACCUGAACUGAGACAUCAUUCAGAUGAGUUCACGUAUUUUUCUCUCCAACUUUGCAUGGAGAUGUAUUUCUCUUUUGUAAUUCAAAAUAUUUAUGGAGAUAAAAUUGCAUUUCCUGAAGUUCCAGGGAAUGCAAAUAUAUGAAAAGCAACAUUUAUAUCUGAUUUGUUAUUACCUUUUAAACCAUGUUUUGAAUGCUAAAUCAUUUGCCAGGAUGCCUGCUAGUUGAAUAAGCAAACUGCAUGAACAGCCCAAUAUAAAAACUGAUUCCAGUCUUGGGAAUAACAAAAGAGAAAAAUGUCAUUCUGCUUCAUAUCCACGUAUGGUUCUAGUCAGCUAUUCUGACUUUAUUAAAUAUUAGUGAGACCGAAACCUACAGUGAAUAAAUUGUGCUUUCCCCUGUGAAAAACACUCUGAAACAACAUAGCUUGGUUUCCGUGUUCAGGAAGGUUGGCAAUCGGUUGUCCUCUUAACAUUUUUAUUAACCAUUCCCUCUCAUGGACCACAUAGAUUGGGAUUGGCAAUUGUUGAUCCACCAGGGGGUGCCAGGCUGUCUCUCUGGCAGAAGAUUCCUCUCUGCUUCUCCACCUUUUGUAUUCCUGUGUAGCCCUUCAUUUUGACAUAGAAGCAAGUUAGUUACGGACUGCAUGAAUGCUUCAAUUUUCUAUUUCUAUAUAAUGUCUGGCUUAGUAUUUAUCUGACUUUGGCUGACCUUGAAAAGACAUGUUGUGUUUGAUUUAAUUAGUAGUUGGAUGGGAGACUACCUGGGUUGUGAACUAGACUGUGAAGUCAGAAACAUUCUGGGUGAAAGCAAUUGCAAACCACUUCCAUAUUGUUACAAAGAAGGAUGCAUUCAUAACGUCAUCAGGAGUUGAACUUAAAGGGGGCUUUGUAUACUUACAUCCCUCAAGCAAACCAGCCCAGAGUAUAAGAGAACCUAAAGGCUAAUUCAGCUGUUAUGAGACAAGGGUUUGGGCAGUAACAUUAUUUUUCUGUGAAAAUGUUAUUUGCCCUUUUCAUAUAUUUCAUUAAGUCUCAAUUUAUGAUCUCUGGUCAGAUUUGCAUAAGAUUCCCUGUGCACCUGCUAAAGUGGAAGAUGUUAUACUUAUCAUUGUUUAUAGCAGUGAGACCAGCACUAGAGAUUAAACUUGCCCUUUUAAGUUAUUAAAAUAAACUUUUUUCAGUGCCACAAGUUUUAGAAUGCAUGUGUUGAAAUGAAUCUGACCUGCACAAAUGUACAGAUGGCCCUUGUUAACUCAUGGUUUCAUUAUCUGUGGUUUCAUGUAUCUGUAGCUGUUAAAAAGAGAGCAGACUUCAGUGGUAGCAGUUUUCACAUAUCUGUGGUUUGGGGCCAUUUUCUCAAACUCUGCAUAUAACAUGAAAGAUGAUGGGCAAAUUUUUGUAUGCAGAAAGUAUAUUUUUUCAAGGUCUCAUUACCUAUAGUAUCAUUAUCCACAGUUGCUAAACUGGAUUGGAAUCUUGCAAAUUUCCCAGUAGAGAGAGGGAAUCCCAUUAUUUCCUCCAGCUGUGCCUGAAGCACAUCACCCCCAAAUCAGUUGCUUUUCUCACUUUAAUUUCCACACUAAACUGGUGCCACAGCUUUUUAAAAUUCUGGUCCUCCCCCCCCCAUCCAAUUGUUUCAAAGAAAAUUCAGAUGUCUUUACUUGGUUUUGGACUUUUUACACCAAACUUGGCCCUCUGAAUAUUUGGGAACAGAGAUGCUGUUCCAUUAUUACAGAGGCCAAUUAGAUCAGGGGUCCUCAACUUUGGCAACUUUAAGACUUGUGGACUUCAACUCCCAGAAUUCCUCCAAAGCU